CUGAAAUGCGGGAACUGCGGUGAAGUUUCUGAAAAAUGGCAGUAUCUGCGAUUGAUGGACAGUGCUCCCCUGAAAGGAGGCAGAGGAAGCGCCACUAUGGUUCAGAAAUGCAAGCUGUGCUCCAGGGAGAACUCCAUCGUUCACAACAGGUGCACACUUGUCAUGAUGCUCAUGAAGGAGACAGCAAAGCCUCCUGAUAUUUUAAGUCAAACAAUCAAGCCUUACAACUGCCGAGGUCUGGAACCAGUUGACUUUCAACCACAGGCAGGGUUUGCUGCUGAAGGUGCAGAAUCUGGCACACCUUUCAAUGACAUAAACUUGUUAGAAAAGGAUUGGAAUGACUAUGAUGAAAAAACAAAGGAAUCUGUUGGAAUCUAUGAAGUUACCCAUAAAUUUGUAAAAUGCUAA